UGUACCAGUCGAUAAAGUGCUGUCGACCAGUGGAGUAAACAGACGCGACGCCGGUUGACGUCUCGCGAGCAGUUGCAGAACGGUGCGAUUGAAACGCGCGCGCAGAUUUUGCCUACAUUCGUUCAGUGCACCGUUACUGUUAGGAUCUGAUUUUCGGCAACCACGAGAUCAGUAGUGGUAACGAUAGUACAACUUAUAAGUGGUAGUAGUAGUAGUAGUAAUACUGCAUUAGUCUUUGCUUGGCUGCCGUUGUCAAUUCGUCAGUGGGUUUGUAGUUCUGAAAGAUCAGUUCUUUGCCAGGAGCGUCCCGCGUGUUCCACUGCAUUACAGUAAACCAACCGUCAGUUGAUCGUAGGUCGCAGAUGCGUUCGGAUCGGUUCUCCCGGAAAAGUUCAGAAUAUCGGAGUUGAUCGAAUUUCUUAUAGUGAAAUAAAACUCAUUUGCAACUGAGGAUUACCUUUAGAAGGGCUGAGUAAUCAACCAAAUCCUGCUUCAAUUAACAUCUCGUGAUUUCACGUACUGUGCGAGAGGGGCCAGCACCGUAGCACAACAAUAGAAUCUAUUUUGAAAACAGAACACUAUUCUCACCGUGUCUCAAGGCGAAUGUCAAUGCAGUUUAUAUAGAGAGUGUGGUGCUAUUCUGUUUUGUGCCGUACUGUUUGAUGUGCGUUGUGUGUAUGUCGCGAAUCAGCUGUGCAAACCAAAUAGGGCAAACAAUCAACUAGACUGUGGUGGCGCGUUGGACCUCAAUCGUGUAGGUAUAAGCGGGGCUGUGGUCGCGGUAAUUGACGGCGUUGGAAUUCCGGUCUAAUUCAUACUGUCCUUAACCGGUUGAGCUACACAGUGAUACCUGUUGACAAAUAGGGCCUGAGAUUCGACCGUCGACACCUGAAAACGAUUGUCAAGACUGGCAAACCACGAUGACGGCAGACAAAGGACACAGCAAUACGGCGUUCGUGGGAGAUGACGAAAUAAAUAGCAAAAAAGCUGCCCACGCAAAGAACAUCAGCAGCAACAGUUAUGUGCUGGAGAUUCAGGAGAAAAAACCCGGACUCGAGCUGGACUACAACCCGUACGAGCAUCGGCACGUGGAGCAUCCCACGACGAACAAUGAAACGCUGAUCCACCUGCUGAAGGGUUCCCUGGGAACGGGCAUUCUGGCGAUGCCGAAUGCAUUUCACCACGCUGGUUGGCUAGUGGGUGCCAUCGGUACCCUGCUGAUCGGUAUACUGUGCACUUACUGCAUUCACCUGCUGAUUAAAGCUGAAUUCGAGCUGUGCCGGCGGAAAAAAGUUCCUAGCCUAAACUAUCCAGCUGUGACACAAACCGCGCUACAGGAGGGGCCCGAUAUGCUGAAACCGCUGGCGAACAGUAUUGUACAUAUCAUCAACGUUUUUCUGCUGAUCUACCAGCUGGGCACGUGCUGCGUGUAUGUGGUGUUUGUUUCAUCUAAUAUUAAAGCCAUCGCCGACUACUACAUGGAGAGUGACACCGACGUGCGGUUGUACAUGCUGAUCAUCUUGCUGCCCUUGAUCUUGAUCAACUGGGUUCGGAAUCUAAAAUUUUUGGCACCGUUCUCGACGCUCGCUAAUUUCAUCACGCUGGUAUCGUUUGCCAUUAUUCUGUACUACAUUUUCCGCGAACCGGUGUCGUUCGUGGGACGCGAAGCGGUGGGAAAUGUUAUGGAAUUUCCGCUAUUCUUCGGAACGGUGCUGUUUGCCCUGGAGGCCAUCGGCGUGAUUCUGCCCCUCGAGAAUGAGAUGAAGACACCGAAGAAGUUUGGUGGCAACUUUGGUGUGCUGAACAAAGCAAUGGUGCUGAUUGUGUUCCUGUACGUUGGAAUGGGUUUCUUCGGUUACCUGAACUACGGACCGGAAUCGAAGGGCUCGAUCACGCUCAAUCUACCGGAACAGGAAAUACUGGCUCAGUGCGUAAAGGGAAUGCUGGCGUUCGCAAUCUACAUCACUCAUGGGUUGGCAUGUUACGUGGCCAUCGACAUAACCUGGAACGAUUAUGCCAAGAAACAUUUAGGAGAUUCUCCGCGUAGCACCUUCUACGAGUACGUGGUUCGUACCGUUCUGGUUUUGAUCACAUUCCUCUUGGCGGUGGCCAUCCCGAAUCUGGAGCUAUUCAUUUCCCUGUUCGGAGCCCUCUGUUUGUCGGCGCUGGGAAUUGCCUUCCCGGCACUGAUUCAAACCUGUACCUACUGGCACGAACGGCACGGUCUGCAGAAGGCUUGGAUGGUCGGCAAGAAUCUCGUGAUAGGUAUCAUUGCCGUCUUCGGGCUUGUCGCGGGAACAAGCACCAGUCUGAAGGAGAUUAUUCACACUUUCGGUGAUCAUGAUUAGAUUGCACGGAAAAGCUGGAUCCUAAGUUGCAGAGGCAAUAUCAACCACUAAUGAGAACAGUGAUUUUUAGACGCACGUUAGACGUGAGAAAGUAUUAUUAUGUAAUUGUUACGGAUAUGCGAGAGAAUUCGGAGGAGACACUUGUAUUUGACAGGAUCGUCUGGUUUUUUUGGAAUAAGACGAGGAUGAGAAGCGACAAGUCUCUUCAAUUCUCGGUCCUUGGAGACAGAAAACAAAAAACAAUGAUAGCAUUCCUAAGUGAUUUUUAACUGUUAAGUUUAUGUCGAACGUAUUGGAAAUAUUCAUAUUUCAUAGUAUUAUUUGUAAAGACCCAUCCCACAAAGUGCUACUGAGUUGUAAGUUAAGACGUCUUCUGGAAUUGCAUCGAAAGAGCGAUAUGCUGACCUUGUGCCAAUUCGUGUUAAGAUAUGGAUUCAUGUAUUACAUUUAGAUUAAAAGCUACGUUAUUCAACUGAAUCGCACACUAAUUUUUGCGAAUUGUAUAGCAUUUCUCCUGUUUAGAUCAAUAGGUUAUUUGACCAAUAAAAAGUUUAAUUAAACAUAACCUAUAAGUAUAGGACAUGAAA